UGAGAAUUUCCGGCGUUAACGUUACUUUUACACGUCUUUCUUUUUUCUUGCACUUUUCAGGCUUAAAACAAACUUUUAACUCCGUUUACCCCGGCAUUUGAAGACGGCAGCAGAGGUUAUACUCUUGCCAUUUUUAUUAGGAAUAUUUUCCGCGUUUGUGUUUGUUUUUCGUCAUUUUAGCAAGCAAACUAGCUAAUCAGGUAUCUCGCUAACGAUAGUUUGGGCAUCCUCGAAGUUACCCUGCUGCUCAAUGAUACAUUUUUUGCGGUUUCACGAGAAAAACACGCAUUGAUCACUCACAUCUAACGAUGUUUCAUAGUGUUUUGAGUUAACACCACGAUGUCGGCAAUCUCACGGAAGUUUCUCGGCAGUUUGUGAUGUUCAGACUGACUGGUCUUUUCAGAGCAGUAACGUUACGCAGGACCGUUUGCAGCGCCGUAGAGGACAUGGCGAAGGGCAAGUUUUUCUACGCUGUACAGAAAGGAUUCAAACCAGGAGUCUAUAGUUCAUGGGAUGAAUGUAAGAGCCAGGUGGACAAAUUUCCAGCUGCCAUUUUUAAAAAGUUUGCAUCAGAAAAAGAUGCCUGGGCAUUCUUCAGAGGAGUCGAAUCUUCUGCAGUUCCAGAGGAGACAGGGGCUCAGAGUGUGGAGUCUGCUGCCACUCUGCUUCCUAAAAGAGGCCCUGAGCCUCUGGAGUACAUCCCUCUUGGUAAGAAGAGAUGUCACUCGGACAAGGACACUGAGUCACAACCCAAACGAGUGAAAGAGUCAGAAAGCUUGUCUUCAGAAAGCACAGACCAAUUCACAUACAUGGGUGAUGCUGUGGUUGUUUACACUGACGGUUGCUGCUCAGCCAAUGGACAGAAGGGCGCCAAAGCUGGCAUUGGAGUGUACUGGGGUCACGACCACCCACUAAAUGUCGCAGAGCGUCUGCAGGGAAGACAAACCAACCAGCGUGCAGAAAUACUGGCAGCCUGCAGAGCACUGGAGCAAGCCAAAGAGAAGAACAUAAAGAAGUUGGUCCUCUACACUGACAGCAUGUUUACAAUCAAUGGUGUGAACAACUGGGUGAAGAAAUGGAAGCUGAACGGCUGGCAGUUGAAAUCUGGAGGUGCGGUCAUAAACAAAGAUGAAUUUAUGAAGCUGGACAAACUGAACGCAGAGCUGGAGGUUGUCUGGAUGCAUAUUCCAGGGCACGCCGGCUAUAAGGGCAACGAGGAGGCCGACAAACUGUCGAGAGAAGGAGCAGCGAAACGUUUACAGCUGCAGCAUAAAGAAACAGAAGAUUGCAGUUGAAGAGCUCGGCUGCAGGACUGUUAAUGUGUUCUCUGAUUUAAUACAGAUUUUUUUUCUUUCUUUCUCCACAAGCAUUUGUGACGGGAAUGAAACUCAAAAAGGGAAAUCUGAGUUUUAGAUGUUUAUUUUCAUUAUGUUUUUGCUCUAAAUAAAGUCUAUGCUUCAAAUGUU